AUGUCACAAGCGCAGACACAAACGCAAACACAAACGCAGAUGCAGCCACCGCCUGCACCGCCAACGCCUCAAGAGGUUCAUCGCAAGCUGUCAAUGACCUCAGCACCGCCAAAAUCGGACGAUAAUCUUAACGAUUCAUUUAAAAAAAGCCAAAGGAGAUUGUCACAGAAUAUUCCUGAGCCUGUUUCAGACAGUCCUCCUAGUCCCACUUUCUCAAAGCACCCGUAUCUCAGCGCCGACGACGAAGACCACGAGCCUCUUUCUGAGGAGGAGGAAGUCGCCGCGAUGAGUGGCUCGGCGAUUAAUGGCACGACAAUCAAUUCCGCCCAUGAUGCUCCCAUUAAUGAAGAAAAUGUUCUCAGAAAUGGUUACCUCGAUAAAAAGGGUGGCGGACACCGCAAGCGAUGGAAAAAGAGGUGGUUCGUUUUAAGACCAACGAAGCUUGCUAUUUAUAAGUCUGAUAAGGAAUACCGCUUACUCCGGCUUAUUGACGUUAGUGCGAUGCAUACUUGCGUAGAAGUUGACGUCGGUAAGAAGCAUAAUAACGUCUUUGGUUUAGUCACUCCAGACAGAAUAUUUUACCUCAAGUGUCACUCACGUCCCGACAUGGAAAGCUGGAUUGAUGCUGUCAAUAUGGCGCGUAAAUUUAUGCGCGAGUCAAAUAGUCUUCAUACAAGUCUAGCUAUCAACAACGAAUCAUCUUCCCAGCUCUCCCCAGUUAACAUCCCCACUCCUGCACACAGACGCACCUCUCUCUCUUCUACUCAAGCCUCUCCUGCUCGUAUCGAAACGGGUGGCUUCAGUCUUACAACAGAUGGCGGUGAAUCUCCCAACGACCGUGACAGUACUGACGACGACGAUGACGAUGGUGGUCUACCCCCAACAGAUCCCAACAAAGUCAUCCUCACUGGCUACCUAAUGAAGUUGUCUAAACGCAAAGCGUGGAGGAAGCGCUACUGGAUGCUCACUUCUGAUAAACUUUCCUACGCUCGUUCGCAUAUGGAUAAACCGCAGCGACAUAUCCCCCUCUCCAAAAUUCUCGAUACUCUAGAGGCGGAGAAGCAGCCAACAUCACCGGAAGGUGCUGAACAGCAUGAGCAUAAGUUCAAAGUGAUUACUGUUAAGCGAACUUUUAUUCUCUCAGCUCAAUCAGAGGAGGAAGAAAUUAGAUGGUUGUCCGCAUUACAAACUCUCUUAGCUCAUAAGAGAGGUUUACCAGUUGGAGAUAUCACAGCAUCACCUAUAUCGACUAUCAAUAAUAGCCAUUAUUUAGGCCCUGCACCGCCACAGCUUAUCACUCAACCGCCUACGCCACAACUUCAUAAACUCGUUGAUGUCCCAGAAGAGGAUACUGUGGCAGAAGUUUUGGCUGCGGAGGAGGAAAAUGAAGAGGGUGAUGAUAGUGAGAAGCUUAAUGGGAUUGGAAGUGGGAAUGUUAAUGGUACUGGACUGCGUAACGCUCUCAUCACACCUAAUCACGAGACCCAAUCAAAACACCAAAGAACUAGAAGCGGUACUGUUGAAGCUAGAGCGGCUGUUGAUGCUGUUACAAAGAGGUACCACCCAGAUGACCUCAAAUAG